AUGGCGGAGCUGGUGGUCAUGCUCAAGGACAAGGCGUCCAGCUACCUUCUCGACCAGUAUAAUGUGAUGGAGGGAAUGGAGAAGCAGCACGGAAUUCUCAAACGCAGGCUUCCUAUCAUCCUCGAUGUCAUCACCGACGCCGAGGAGCAGGCCAUGGCAAACAGAGAAGGGGCGAAAGCAUGGCUCCAGGAGCUCAAGACUGUGGCCUAUGAAGCAAAUGAAGUCUUUGACGAGUUCAAGUAUGAAGCACACCGCCAUGCAGCAAAGAAGAAUGGACACUACAGAAAGCUCGGCUUUGAUGUGAUAAAACUCUUCCCUACUCACAACCGUGUUGUGUUCCGUCAGAGAAUGGGCAGCAAGCUUUGCAGGAUUCUGGAGGAUAUCAAUGUCCUCAUUGCAGAGAUGCAUGACUUUGGGUUGAGGCAGACGUGGUCGGUGUCUAAUCAGUUGGGCCAGACACCAGUGUCCAAGGAGUGGAGGCAGACGGAUUAUGUCAUCAUUGACCCACAAGAAAUUGCCAGCAGAUCCAGACACGAAGAUAAGAGCAAUAUCAGUGACAUACUUCUUGGUGAAGCGAGCAAUGCAGAUCUUGUAGUAGUUCCCAUUGUUGGAAUGGGGGGCCUUGGCAAGACCACAUUAGCGCAACUAAUAUAUAAUGAACCUGAAAUUCAGAAGCAUUUCCAGUUGCUGCUUUGGGUAUGUGUCUCUGAUAAUUUUGAUGUGAACUCCCUGGCUAAGAGUAUAGUUGAAGCAUCUCCCAAGAAGAAUGAUGAUACACAUAAACCACCAUUGGAUAGACUUCAAAACCUGGUCAGUGGGCAGAGGUAUCUCCUUGUACUGGAUGAUGUCUGGAGCAGAAAGGUCCACAAGUGGGAAAGGCUAAAGGCUUGUCUUCAUCACGGUGGCAGUGGUAGUGCAGUGUUGACAACAACCCGUGAUAAACAAGUUGCUGAAAUUAUGGGUGCAGAUAGAACCUACAAUCUCAAUGUUUUGAAGGAUAACUUCAUAAAGGAAAUUAUUGUGGAUAGAGCAUUCAGUUCAGAGAAUGAAAAGCCUCCCGAGCUACUCAAGAUGGUUGGUGAGAUUGUGAAGAGAUGUUGUGGCUCUCCUUUAGCUGCAACAGCACUAGGCUCUGUACUUCGUACCAAGACCAGCGUGGAAGAAUGGACGGCCGUAUCAUCUAGAAGCAGUAUUUGCACUGAGGAAACAGGAAUUUUGCCAAUACUCAAGCUUAGCUACAAUGAUUUGCCAGCACAAAUGAAGCAGUGCUUUGCUUUCUGUGCCAUAUUUCCCAAGGAUUACAAGAUUAAUGUGGAGAAGCUUAUCCAACUAUGGAUUGCAAAUGGCUUUAUCCCAGAACAGGAGGAAGCUAGUCUUGAAACCAUUGGAAAACAUAUUUUUAGUGAGCUAGCAUCAAGGUCAUUCUUUCUGGACAUAGAGGAAUUUAAGGGUGGCAUGCAAAAUGAACAGUAUUGUUUUAGAACUACAUGCAAAAUUCAUGAUCUUAUGCAUGAUAUAUUGCAAUGUCUGUUAUGGGAAAGGAAUGUGUCGUUGCAAUUAAGGAACCAUGUCAAAUUGAGUGGCUUUCGGAUACUGCUCGGCAUUUGUUCCUUUCAGGUGAAGAAACAGAAGGUAUUUUGA